AUGGUUCCUUCAAGAAUAAAUAACUCAAUAUAUAAUAAUAAUAAUAAUAAUUGUUAUAAUAACAAUAAUAUUAGUAAUAAUAAUAAUACAUUUAAUAAUUAUUUUAAAGAUGAAGAAAAUGGUGGCGAGGGAGUUGAUAGUGGUGGAGAAGAUAAUUAUAUAGAAGAGAUUGAAGAUUCAAAAUGUUCAUAUCAUAGAGAUAAUGAUAUAGUGUAUAUAUGUGAUUCAUGUAUUAGUCCAGUUUGUGUUAAAUGUAUAAUAUCAACGCAUAAUGGACAUAAAUUCAGUGAAUUGAAUCUAGAGAAAUCUAAAAAGAUAUUGGACAAAUUUAAAGAACAAUUUCCAUCAUUGGUAGGAUAUAGAGAGAGUGAUAAAGCGAUAAUGAACGCAGUGGAGGAUUGUUUUCAACAAAUUCAAGAUAGACAUAAAGUCAAUCUAACAACAUUAACAUCAAAAUUCAAACAACUACAUAACAUUUUAUCAAUUUUAGAACUCAAUAUAAAGAGAACUUUAGAAACUAAACUAUCAGAAAAUGAAGAAACCUUUCUACAAAUUAAAUCUGAAAUUGAUACAGAUAAUCAAUUAAUUACAAAUUUAAUAAAUAAACAUAAUGACAAUAUAAAUUUAUAUGAUUUAGAUAAUAUUUUAAAACCAUUAACAACAACAACAGCAACAGCAACAACAACAACAACAACAACAACAUCUACUCCCUCUACUACAUUAUCAUCUUCAUCUGGUGCUAUAAAUAAUAAUAGUAAUAAUUCAGAACAACAGCAACAACAACAACAACAACAACAACAACAACAACAACAACAACAACAACAACAACAACAAAUUCAACAAACAUCAGUUGAAAUAAUUAAUAAACAAAAAGAUCAACAAAAUAAAUAUAUAACAUUAUUAAAGGAUAGUGAUAAAACCAAUAGAUUAGUUGAAAGGAAAUUAAAAAGAUAUGAACAUUUUAAAGAAAGUAAUUUAAUAAUUAAUCAAGAUAUUUUGGAUACAGCAUUUGAACUAAUUAAAACCAAUUUCAUUGUUGAUUCUCAACCAUUCAAAAGUAAUAAUAAUAGUCAUUUAAUGAUUGAUAAAAAAAUAGUUUUAGAAUGUUGUAAAGAUAAAGAAUUUUAUUUAAAUCACGGCGAACCAAUUCCAGAUGGUAUUAUAAAUUUAGCAAUUACAAAAUUAUCAAAAAAUAAAAAAAAUAAAAAGAAUAAUAAUAAUAAUAAUAAUAAUAAUAUUGAAAAUAUUGAAAAUAUUGAAAAAGAAAAAGAAAAAGAAGAAGAGGAGGAAGAAGAUAAUAAUAAUUUAAUUAAAAUAUCAUCAAGUGUAAAGAAUUUAUAUUUAUAUGAUGGAUUUAAUAUUGAAAUUAGUAAAGGAUUUAUACCAUGUACAGUUGAAAAAUUAUUUAUUGGUUCAAUUGAAAAACCAUUAACAUCAGAUUCAAUACCUUCAACAAUUAAAGAGAUUAUAUUUUAUGAUGAUUUUAAUCAUACUAUUAGAGCCGAUACAAUUCCAUCAACAAUUACAUCCAUUUCAAUUGGUAAUAUAGUUGAGCCAUUGGAUGAAUUAUCAUUACCACAUAAUGGUAAUUUAUUAAAUUUGUAUAUUUUCAAUGGUUUCUCUCAUCAAAUAAUCGGUGAAACAAUGAUACCACCAACUGUUGUUAAAUUAUUUUUAGGUAAAUUAGAACAACCUUUAACAAAUCAAUCUUUAUUAAUUAAAUCAUCAAUUAAUACCAAUAACAAUAAUAACAACAACAAUAAUAAUAAUAAUAAUAAUAAAAAUAAUAAUAACACAAAUAAUGAAUUUAAGAAUAAUAAAUUAAAAGAAAUUAUAUUUUGUAGUGGAUUUAAUCAAAAGAUUAAAAAAGAGAUAAUACCAUUAUCAGUUGUAAAGAUGUAUGUUUGUGAUAUUGUUGAACCAUUGACAGAGGAAUCAAUACCUCCAACGGUGACAAUGUUAAGUUUAUCACAUGGAUAUAGUUUUUUAAUUACAAAUGAUAUUAUGCCACCAUCGAUUAGUAGAUUGAUGUUACAUAAUGUAAAGGAACCAUUAAUUAGGGGGUCAGUGGGUAGAGGUGUAAAAGAGUUGUUUUUCGAUCAAGGUUAUCAACAUCCAAUUUGUAGUGAUGUUAUACCACCAACGGUUCAAUCAUUAUACAUCAACGAUAUAGUACAACCAUUGACUAAAGAAUCAAUACCAAAUACCAUUCAAGAGUUAUACUUUGAUAAUGGAUUUUCACAUAUUAUCAAAGCUAGUAAAAUACCACGUUCCGUACAAACACUUUAUAUAGGUUCAAUAAAGAAACCACUCACUCGUAGGUCCAUACCCUCAACAAUAAAAGAGUUGGUGUUUAAUAAUGGUUUCAAUUUCACUAUCACUCCCGAUGUAUUUAACAAUGGUUUCAAUUUCCCUGUUGCUUUGGAAAGAUUAUACUUUUUCGAUAUCAUUCAACCCUUACAAAAAGGUUCAAUCAAUGAAAGUGUCGUUAGGAAAUUAAUAUUUGCAAAUGGGUUCACUCAUCAUAUCAAUACUGAUAUCAUACCUUCCUCGGUUGAUACUUUGUAUUUGGGUGAUAUACGUCAUCCUCUAACCGUUGGUUCAAUACCAAAUACUAUUAAAUAUUUAAUGUUUACCGAUGGUUUCUCUCAUACAAUAACAAAAGGUAUAAUACCUGAAUCUGUUCAAGAAAUAUCAAUCUAUGAUAUUUGUCAAAUUUUCACUAAAGGUUCAAUACCACCAACUGUUAAACUUAUAAAUUUAAAAGGUUUUAGAUUUAAUUUACCAAUUGAUAUAGUACCAAUGGCAACAAAAGUAAAAUAA